GGUUGAAAUAUAGAACAUUUAAGAAAGCAUAGUAAGGAAAGAAGAGAGGUAUCACCAUUCAUUCAGCUAUGGGUAGUUUCAUUUCUUCCUUACUUGGCUCCAGCUACGAUCCGUCGGAGGCCUCGCCGGAGGAUUCUCGCGUGUUGACCUUCCACUCCGCGCCACGCUGGCAGCUCCAUUUCAACUCUGUCAAAGAAACCCCUAAGCUCAUUGUGAUUGAUUUCACGGCGUCGUGGUGCGGUCCUUGCAAAUUCAUCAGCCCAGCGUUUACCGAUAUGGCCGCAAAGUUUACUGACGUUGACUUCGUCAAAAUCGACGUGGACGAAUUACCUGAUGUGGCGCAGGAGUAUGGAGUGCAGGCCAUGCCCACGUUUCUGUUGUUGAAGAAAGGGGCGGAAGUUGACAGGGUCGUUGGUGCCAAAAAGGACGAGCUUGAAAGGAAAGUUGCGAAACAUAGAACUGCAUAACUCCAAGCUUAGCUCUUCAAUCUUUGUAUCUCCUUUUCUGUUAAGGGUAAAAAAAAAUAAGAAGGAGCAUAAAUGGUUGUAUUUGUUCUAAUUUGUUGAUUUAGUUGUGAAACUAACCUUAAAGUUUAUAAUACCAUUAACAAUAUCUUACAUUUAC